CCAUACGGUCAUACUGCAACAGAAACUGAUAUCUUUAGCUUGGCAACUUUGGAUCGACGUAAAAACCGUCGCUUGCAACCGGAACCUAGAUAAACUUAUCACGAUGACGGGCGGCAACCACUGGAGCUACGACAUCCUUAAACAAAUAGCUAUCGAAGAAUGCACGGCUGACAUAGAGGAGCUGAAGGCCUUGUUCGUCGGUGAGAUUGGCUCGCGGCGACGAUUGGAUUGCAUUCGUUCCAUCGAGGAUCUGAUUGACUGUCUAGAAAGAGCCGACGAACUGGCCGAAGAUAAUGUGGAGCCACUUCGGCGAAUUUCCGGCAAUCAACCGAAAGUAGUCGAGGCCCUAGACAGCUAUAAACCGCCCGAAAACUUCCGGGAAAACACUGUUAAUUUGUAUCAGGAGCUUCGGCUGGCCGAGGAACUGCGGCAGCAACUCCGAAUUGGCCCGAGUUCACCAGCUCAUCCUUCUGUUGCUGUUGUGCAACCCACUCCUGCUGUCCAGAAUUAUGUCACUCCGGUAGCCUUUACGGAUCGCAAGCGAACGGCUGUCUUUAACAAGAUAUCUCAGGAAUUAGGACGCUACUGGCGACGGUUGGGCCGUUCGGCGGGCAUUGGCGAAGGCACGAUGGAUAGCAUCGAGGAGCGGCAUCCACACGACCUCAAGUCACAGAUUCUUAGACUACUGCAGCUCAUCGAGGAGGACGAUUGCCACGAUCCCAAACACUUUCUUGUUCGGCUUUGUCGCGCUUUGGGCGACUGUGGUCGCAACGAUCUGCGCAAGAAUGUGGAGCAGAUAAUGUCACAUUAGAGUUAACCCUAAAUAAUUCAACCUUAUGAGGACUAAGAUCAGAUGGUAUAUAUAAAUGUUUGCAUUUUUGUUAUGUUUGGAGAAGAAAUUGUGAUUCGCUUUCCUUUUUUGAUAAUUCAGUGCCUUAAAUGUGAUUUUUUUUAUGAUGAAUAAAAAAAACCAGAAACAAGA